AUGACUUUCACUUCCGGAAUUGGGAACUUACUGCAGAUGAAUAACGCAAGAUUCGAUUUCGAUAUCCAAUUUGAGCAGGUGUUUUUCUCGAUUCUUCCAUCUGCUAUUUUUAUUCCGGUAUUCCUAUGGCGCAGUCUCUCUCAGGCUCGAAAGCCCGCUGUGGUGAAUGCGCCGGCCUUUCUGUUUCUGAAGUCGGUCACUCUCAUCAUUUAUGUCAGCUUGGAACUCGCUCUCCUCGUCUUAGCUACGAUUGGGUCCCUCCAAGUGACCAGUCUUUCCAUAGCUUCCUCGGUUCUCAGGGUUCUAUCGGCUCUUCUUAUCCUUGUCCUGAGUGUCUUAGAACACAGCCGAAGUCCAAGACCACCUAUUAUCUUGAAUGGCUACUUGUUUCUUACGCUCAUACUUGAAAUAGCCCAAACAAGAACACUAUUUAUGUCAUCAGAUGACGAGCCUGAACUCACUUACAGCAUUAUAAUGUGUGUGUCUAUGGCGUUGAAGGUAGCAGUUUUGUUAUUAGAAGCCUAUGAGAAGAGGAGGUGGGUGGAUUGGGACGAUAAAAUGCACAGCCCCGAGGAGACUAGUGGGAUUUUCUCGCUUGGUAUCUAUUUCUGGCUCAACAAGAUGUUCAUGGCUGGAUACAGAAACGUUUUGGCGGUUGAGGACCUCUACCCAUUGGAUAGCUCCUUUGAUGCCCAAGCGCUGCACAAGAAAUUCGCAGACAAUAUGGAUUACUUCAAGCUCAAAGGAGAUCGAUUCGGUCUCCUAAAAAUUCUAGCACGUACCCUAAAGGCUCCUCUUCUACUUCCCAUCACUCCACGACUGGCACUGGUUGGUUUCACUUUUUGCCAGCCUCUGUUUAUCGAAAGACUAUUGAUUGUACUCUCUGGAUCGGAGAUUGACGCAAAUGUUGGAUAUGGCCUUAUUGGUGCUAGUAUAUUGAUAUACUCCGGGAUUGCCAUCUCAUAUGCCUUGUCUUGGUACUUCCACCAUCGUUUUCGUACAAUGGUGCGGUCUAUACUGGUAACUGAGACCUUUGCGGCGGCCACAAGGGCACAGACUGGGUCCAGUGAUGAUAGCGCUGCGUUGACCUUGAUGAGCACAGACAUGGAGCGCAUUAAUAUGGGACUCUUUUAUGUGCAUGAGACUUGGGCGAGUAUUUUUCAGGCUGCUCUUGCGAGUUGGAUGCUGUAUGAGCGACUUAGGGUUGUUUUUCUUGCACCAAUGGGGGUAAUUUUCGCUUGUUUCUUCGGCUUGGGUAUUCUCAUCCACUUUACCGGCGAUUCACAAAGAUCAUGGAUGUCGGGGAUUCAAAAGCGGGUGGGCUUAACUGCCACAGUUAUCGCUAGUAUGAAGUCAGUAAAGAUAUCUGGACUCACGACUGCGGUGGGUGACUAUAUACAGCAACUCCGUGUGGAUGAACUCGCAGCUGGUGCCCGAUUCCGCCAAAUCUUCAUGAUUGCAGCGGCAUUCGCGUUUAUGUCCCAGCUUAUCAAUCCACCAGUGACAUUUGCAAUUACAAGUCGCAAGCUUGAUUCUACGACAAUUUUCACGAGCCUUUCCUUCUUGAACUUGUUGACCAGUCCACUGUUGCAGCUUUUUCAGUCAAUUCCUGACAUUGUUUCGGGCCUGGCGUGCCUAGGCCGCAUUCAGACCUUUUUAGAGCACGAGCCCCGUCAUGACUUUCGCCAAGUUUUUGAUCAUCUACGGCAAGAUCAAGAAAAGAUCCCGGCAGACCUCGAAGUUUUGAUAGAUUCCAGAUCUGAAAUGUGCAUUAUCAUCAAAGAUGCUAACCUUGGAUGGAAAGCAGGGAAGUUCGUCCUGAAGAACGUUAGCGCUCAAAUUCCUACGUCAUCGCUGACGAUGGUUAUUGGUCCUGUGGGCUCGGAUGAUGUAUUCAGCGGCUUGGACGCGGAUACCGAGACGAAAGUCUUCCAAAGAGUUUUUGGAGCCGAUGGCCUACUCAGAAAACGAAAGUCAACGGUGGUGCUGUGCACCCAUAAUAUCAGACACCUACCUGCUGCAGAUCAGAUUAUAGCACUUGAGGAUGGCCUCGUUGUGCAGCAAGGCACUUUUGAUGAUUUGUCAAGUCGUGAAGGAUAUAUUCAACGGCUCAAGCUGAAUGGUGGUUCUGACCGCGAGUCUAUGAGGAAGGAAUCGGUCCCUCCGACUCGGAGCGAGGUUGAAGCAUCCAAGUCUGAACUAGCCCAGUUGCCGACAGCAAGUGACAUGAUUGCAUCAUCUUUAGCACCAGAACAGAUCUCGGCACGGCAGACAGGUGAUGGAAGUGUAUUUAAACACUAUUUGAAAAACAUGGGAUGGUUUGUCGUGGCAUGCAGCUUGUUCUUCGGAACUCUUUGGGGGGUUUUCACCAACUUCCCAUCAAUCUGGCUCAGCUUUUGGAGUGACUCCGUUGCCUCUGCCCAUCCUGACCAUUCCAAAGGCUACUACGUCGGGGUCUAUGCGGUGCUCCAAAUCUGCGCGAUGAUAGCACUGUUCCUUCUGGGAACCACUAUUCUCAUCGUUUCAGUGAAGAGAGCAGGUGCUAACCUGCACCAGAGCAUUCCCACCACCCUGAUUCAGGCACCGCUGUCAUUUUUCACCAACACAGAUACUGGUAUCGUCACUAACCUGUUCUCACAAGAUCUGAAUCUUAUAGACACAGAGCUACCAGAUGCUUUGUUAAACACUCAGUUUUGUGUCUUCCAAUCAAUUGGACAAGCGGCUGUUAUGCUUACUUCGUCGGCGUAUCUUGCCAUCAGCUAUCCGCUCCUUGGUGGUUUCUUGUUUCUUGUACAAAGAUUCUACAUGCGAACCUCCCGACAACUAAGGCUUUUAGACUUGGAGACUAAAAGUCCGCUGUAUGCACAUUUCCUUGACAUAGUCAGGGGCAUUGUGACCUUGAGGGCCUUUGGCUUUCUCCCUGAUGAUCUCCAAAAGAAUGCUCAGCUGGUUAAUUCCAGCCAACGUCCGGCAUAUCUCCUCCCGAUGAUUCAAGAGUGGCUAAAUCUAGUGCUUAACAUCACUGUCAUGGUGAUCGCGGUAGUCAUGACAUCCCUUGCCGUGCGCCUCCAUUCGAGUACCGCCUUCGCUGGUGCAUCUUUAUAUUCCCUCAUGAGCUUCGGGGAUAGCCUUUCUGGCACAGUCAUCUUCUAUACUAAGCUGGAAACCUCCAUCGGCGCAAUUUCGCGACUCAAGAGCUUUAAUGAGACUGUCAUACCGGAGGACCGAGAAUAUGAGGAUAUUAUUCCGGGUGAGGAGUGGUCUCAACGCGGCACAGUUGAGUUGAAAGGUGUAUCCGCGAAAUACAACACCACUGGAGAUAACUUUGCUCUCAAUAACGUCAACCUCUCCAUUCAAGCUGGCGAAAGGAUUGCUAUCUGCGGUCGUUCCGGCAGUGGCAAAUCAAGCCUCAUCGCUCUCCUUCUCAAACUUCUGGAUCCGCUCCCCGCCACAAGCAAUGAAGAGACCAAAAUUCCCAUCGAUGAUACCCCCCUCCACCUCAUCAACCGCAUUGUACUUCGAGAACGUCUCGUUGCAGUUCCUCAAGAUCCUGUUUUCCUCCCGGACGGCUCCACCUUCGGCAGAAACUUGGACCCAUCCCUCACUUGCACCUCUAAAGAAUGCACAGCAGCCUUGGAAGUUUUGGGGUUAAGGUCAUUUAUUCAGGAACUCGGCGGCCUAGAAGCACCCAUGAAUGCAGGGACAUUCAGCGCCGGACAAAGGCAGCUUUUUUCGCUGGCACGGGCGCUGCUGCGUCGGACGACUCGGGCCAAGCUUUCCAACGAUGAGAACAGCGGAGGCAUUUUACUAUUGGAUGAGGCGAGUUCAAGUGUAGACCAGGAGACUGAACUGGUGAUGCAAGAUACUGUCCGGUCGGAAUUUAAGGGCUUCACCGUGAUUGCGGUAGCGCAUCGGCUGGAGAUGAUUAUGGAUUUUGAUCGGGUGGUAGUUAUAGAUACGGGAAAAAUUGUGGAAAUUGGAAAUCCUGAAGUACUCAGAGGGCUGGCUGGAUCGAGAUUUGGGGAAUUAGUCAACGCUGGGGCAAAUUAG